AUGACGGGGUGUCACGUAGAGGGAGGAACUAACCUCAUUAAUGAUGCUGAUGGGGUGCCUGUACUAGAAUUAGAUGACUUGGCAGGGUCAAUAUACACCACACGUCCUCGAAAACAAAGUUCAACAACGGACCUGAAAGUACCAUGGAAAAAGUUACUUUAUUUGAAACAACCAUAUCCUGACAACUACACCGACGCAUCAUUUCUAUCUCAAUUGAAAAGAAACACCACUGUGGCGAAGUAUUCGUUCUUUCAAUUGGUUGAAGACUUUAUUUUGAUUGUGUUUUAUAUUUCGUGCAUAUUACUCGUGAACUUGAUGUUUAUUGGUAUAUAUUCUAAAGGUUGGGAUCCAGUUGAACCAACAGUCUACAGCACAGUCACUUGUGUGACCAUAUAUGGUCUUUUACGCUACCACUACCUACUACCCUCCAUCUCAAGAUCCAAUUUGAACUUGAAGUCAUUAACAUUAAUAUCGUUUAUGUUGUUGAUUGUUUCCCCAAUACUCAAAUCCUUGACAAAAUCUACUUCGUCUGAUUCUAUUUGGGCGAUUUCACUGAUUCUAUGCAUUGUUAACUCUGUGCUUUAUGAGUAUUCUUCAACAGUGGUGUACAAACCAACCAUUUCGACUAACAUAUCACUCAGCAACGCAAUUGUAUUGGCGUCGCGAUUAGAUUCAACCUCGCAAGUUUUUGUAUUUGUGCUUUUUGCCGUUCAGAUUAACAUUUUGUUACCAUUGUACGAUGCAAGCUUACGCCAGAAUAAGAAGCUCAAGCCUCUACACUAUGUGACUGUUUGUUCAACUUUUUUUUUGGUGAAUUAUUGGAUCUACAUUCUUGUCAAUUACAAGUUCUUGCUUUACUGGUUAUUGUCGGUGUUUGUUGCCACUAUAUUGAUGCCGGCGUAUUUCUUGUCCCUACAGAGAUACAAGAAUGAGCUACAGGGACCGUGGGAUAUUGCAAAACCAAAAUUAAACAAAGAUGCUUACUAG